UCACAUGGUAUACUCCUUUAGAGUGAGAUUGAAUCGACUGGAGUGGGGUUGUAAUCAUACAAACACAGACACAGCGCCUUGUUAUGGUACUGUAUUCCACAGGCUGAGUGCAUACAAAACGAACACGGGGAGAAAGACAAACAUUAAUUUUUUUUUUAAAAUCGGAAUUUAAACCUCAGUCACUUAAUUAUUUAUACUGAAGCCAGAGAGUUUUUUGUUGUUGUUUUUCAUUAAAAAAAAAAAAAAAUUGGGCUGUCACUCCUACAGUGGUAUUGACUGGACAAGCUAAAUGGGGUCGUACUCAGACCGCGCUGUUUUUGAUACUGCAUUUGGAACUCCGGACUUAUGAAAGAGAAGCGUUUACAAUUUUUUUUUUCUGUCUAAUUAUUGCAAUUCUGACAUUUACGUUAGGAAACCAUUGUAUUUUGUGUAACAUUUGAAUCUUUUUGAUUUCGGAAUGUAACAUGCCGACGCUUUAGAAACUGACUGGGCUGCUGAAGAGAGGUCUGGGCACAGUCUAUCGCUUGUUUUGCCACCGCGCUGUUGACUAUGGUUUCCUCAAUGUAGUUAAUUUGAAGAACGCGCAGUUUAUUUUAAAAAAAAAAAUCUGUUGCAUGUAUUUUUCUUGCAUAUGAAGAGGAUUUAAAUUAUUUUCUUCUUUUUUUAUUGUAUUUUUGAUAAACCAUGGCAAGUCCAACUGCAGAGCACGAUAGUUUUUCAGACGUAAGGAAGGUGGGUUACUUAAGAAAACCUAAAAGCAUGCACAAGAGGUUUUUUGUCUUGCGGACUGCAAGUGUUUCGGGACCUGCAAGACUGGAGUACUAUGAAAAUGAGAAAAAAUGGAGACACAAGUCCGGGGCUCCCAAAAGGUCUAUCCCGCUGGAAAGCUGUUUUAAUAUCAACAAGAGAGCGGACUCCAAAAACAAAUACCUGGUAGCUUUAUAUACGAAGGACGAGUACUUUGCAAUUGCGGCGGAUAAUGAACAAGAUCAAGACAUUUGGUACCGGACUUUAGUGGAUCUGCACAACAGAGGUAAGGUUCACGAUUCUGUUGGGAGUAAUGGAACUGGGGAAGGGGAAGAAAAUUGCGGGGAAGCCACGCCAGGUGCUGCAUUUAAAGAAGUGUGGCAAGUGAUUUUAAAACCGAAAGGUCUGGGGCAAACGAAAAAUCUAAUUGGAAUUUACAGAUUGUGCCUGACCAAUAAGACUAUAAGCUUUGUAAAACUGAACUCUGAUGCAGCCGCUGUGGUUUUACAGUUAAUGAACAUAAGGAGAUGUGGUCAUUCUGAAAAUUUCUUUUUCAUCGAAGUGGGGAGGUCCGCUGUUACGGGACCUGGGGAAUUUUGGAUGCAAGUGGGGGACUCUGUUGUAGCGCAGAGCAUGCAUGAAACAAUAUUGGAGGCGAUGAAAGCAAUGAGUGAAGAAUUUCGACCAAGGAGUAAAAGUCAGUCUUCUUCCAAUUGUUCCAAUCCCAUCUCUGUGCCUCUCAGAAGACACCAUCUUAGCAACCCGCCCCCUAGUCAAGUAGGACUCAACAGGAGAUCAAGGACUGAAAGUAUUACUGCAGUUUCACCUGCUGGUCCAGGUAAACAUAGUAAUUCAUUCAGAGUUAGAGCCUCCAGCGAUGGAGAGGGGACCACGUCCAGGCCAGCAUCCGUUGGUGGGAGCCCUGUAACUCCCAGCAAAACUAGGACUCAUUCACACAGACACAAAGGUAGCUCCAGGCUACAUCCACCGUUAAAUCACAGCAGGUCUAUUCCUAUGCCAUCUUCACGUUGUUCACCUUCAGCCACAAGCCCUGUUAGCUUGUCCUCAAGCAGUACGAGUGGUCACGGGUCCACCUCUGAUUGCCUUUACCCUAGACGCUCCAGCGCCUCUGUCUCGGGAUCCCCCAGCGAUGGUGGAUUCAUUUCUUCUGAUGAAUAUGGUUCAAGCCCUUGUGAUUUUAGAAAUUCGUUAAGGAGCGUUACGCCCGACUCUCUCGGCCACACCCCUCCUGCCAGGGAAGAGGAGUUAAACAAUUACAUCUGUAUGGGGAAGUCCAAUCUGAGGCCAAAUGGACAUUAUAAUAGAAGUCACCAGCACAAUACCCCAUCUCUGGUAGAAGAAGCAGAAUUAGAAAAAAGUUUUAGAAAAAGAACCCAUUCGUCAGGUACCUCCCCCCCAACCGUAUCCCAUCAAAAGACUCCAUCACAGUCAUCCACCGCCUCAUUGGAAGAGUACACAGAGAUGAUGCCAGCUUACUCUUCCAGCCGCUUGUCCUCUUAUAGGCAUUCAGCAUUUGUGCCAACUCACUCAUAUCCUGAAGAGUGCUUGGAUCGUCAUAUUGAGGGCAAUAGCGCUAACAAAACAGAUGAUGGCUACAUGCCAAUGUCCCCUGGUGUAGCUCCUGUUUCUAAUAAAAGUGAUGACUAUAUGCCAAUGAGUCCAAAAAGUGUGUCUGCACCACAGCAAAUCGUUAACCCAAGGCAGCAUUCAAGAAUGGACUCAAACGGUUACAUGGUCAUGUCCCCUAGUGGCAGUUGCUCUCCAGACCAUACAAACUAUGGCAAAAUAUGGACCAAUGGUGGAAAUCCAAAACUUUCUGUGGAGAGUAAUGAUGCAAAGGAGGUUUCCUGCAAUGACUACAUAAAUAUGUCCCCUGCAAGUGGAUCAACAACCAGUACACCACCAGACUGCUAUUUUAAUCCAGUUGACGAUCCUCCGAAACCUAUGUAUUCCUAUUUCUCAUUACCUCGGUCAUUCAAGCAUGUUCAGAGAAAAAAUGACGAAAGCCACUUGCGCUUCUCUGUGAAUUCAGGACGCCUGGUAUAUGGAGAGGAUUCAUCCUCAUCUACAAGCAGUGACAGUUUAGGAGGGCAGGAGAACGGACAACAAGUGGUUAAGCCUGAGAAAGUUGAUGCUUAUGUGCAAACGAAAGGAAGGCUUAUUCGUCCAACAAGACUCUCCCUUGAUCAUAACAAGGCCAGCACACUCCCACGGACACGUGAGCACCCACUUCCACCUGAGCCAAAAAGCCCAGGGGAAUAUGUCAACAUUGAAUUUAGUGACAAAUCCUUUUCAGUUAGUUCAGCUUCAUUAUUCUCCCCCGUGUAUGCAGAGACCAUGAGGCAAAGGCAAAAUUCUUCAGAGUACAUGAAUAUGAAUCUAGGAGCCCAUGGUGGUAAGCCAAGUUAUUCAGCAAAAUCUUCAGUAGGUAGUACAGGUUGUGCAACUGGCUAUGCUGCUACUGAAGCUGCUGCUGCUGCUGCUGCUGUUGCUGCUGCUGUCGUUUCCAUUGCCCCCACUGCUGCUUCAUGCAGAGGACAGCAGAGCUGUGAUUAUGUGAGUAUGCAGCUGAGCGCCACCAACACAGGCUAUACAGAAUCACCAGUGAUGCUUAACUACUCAGAAAUUGCCACUGUAGCUGCUAAAACACCCCCCAGGUCCAUUUCUCCAAAGCAUGAAAUGGUCCCAAUAAGUAUUGUUUCUGAUGCUGCACAUGCCAGUUUAUUGGGCCAGUUAUCAGGUACAAGUGCUUUUACUAGAGUAAACUCUAGCCCAAACCGGAAUCAAGGUACCAAAGUGAUCCGUGCUGAUCCCCAAGGAAGAAGGCGGCACAGUUCGGAGACUUUUUCUUCUACUCGUGCUGCUAAUGGUGGUGUGACUUUAUCCUAUGUAGAAGAUGUGAAACGGCAUAGCUCUACGUCUUUCGAAAAUGUCUGGCUCAAGCAAGGGGAAUCUGCUGUCUCUGUAAGAAAAGAGCAGCAGCCAGGUGCCAGUACAACAGCAUUUGAAAACGGACUGAAUUACAUUGAUCUGGACAUAGUCAAGGAUUUUAACAACCAAGAGCGGACCUCCCUCCAGCCUAAAUCCCCUAAUCAGCCUUGUGGAAAUAACUCUGGUGAUGAUUUAGGUGCUUAUGCAAGCAUCAGCUUUCUGAAACCAGAAGAUGUAAGGAGCAACCCGGCAAAAAGAGAAGAUUUCUUCAAGGUAAAAGGAUCUAAGGCACUAGUAGUAAAAUGGACGCGGAAGCAAUAUAUUGGUGGUUGUACCAGUCUGUCAUAAUUGUCUUAUCCAAAAGAAUGAUGACUUUAAAAGCUCAGCAAACCUGAGUGAUGGGUACCCAGACUGUAGAUUUCUUCUAUGCCAUAACCCAAGACCUCCCCUUCACCUUUUCGUUGAUGGUACAAUGCAUUUGGGUUACAUUGUUUACUUAGUAUAACCUCAGGACUUAGUUGACUGAACUGUACAACACAUUUUUGCCAAACAAAUAGCACUGUGACACCUGAGCAACCCAUCUGCUUCUUAACAGAAACUCUUGCUCUAUACCUAACACUAAAUCACUAUGUGAAUGGGUAUACUGUAACACAUUAAUGGACAC